GAGUUACGAGCAGAUUUGGUUGUUUGAACUUUCAUUCUUCUUGCUGAAUAAUCUAGAGAUCAUGGCCAGCCAGAUGGAAAGUAUCCUUGACCAACAACCAAUCGAACACUCUCCAGAGACAGAAUAGAUUUUGAGGAAUACUUGCAACUUGCUCCACUAGUUUGCUGUAGCUAAUGUGUGAUUUUUUUCUUUUUAUUGCAUGGUAUUCUCAUUUAUAGACUUAAUAUAGUUCUUUCACUCUGAAAUUCUAUGUAAGUUGUCCGAGCCAAGUUCACACUUUCUAUUUAAGAAAGACACAAAACACUUUGUGAACAUGGCAAUAUGCCCUUUCUGAGACAAAAUCAAGGGUUCGACUUGUAGUUUGUCACUGUUAUGAGCUAUAUCUGAUCCUUAACUCUGCCUUUAAAAAUUCAAGAACAUCUUUUUAAUUUAAAGGUGAGUAUAUUUGUUUCAAAUUUGAACGAUUGAGGUUCCUAAUUAGAAGUUUGGUAAAAUUCAAUUGAAAUAGUACUAACCACAUUUUAAUAUAUCAGUUUGCAGCAAAGGAUUUAGAAAGAAAAUCCAAGAAGUGUGAAAAAGAAGAAAAAGCGGAAAAACUAAAGUUAAAAAAGGUAUCGGGUAUUUAUGAUUGAACUCAGCUGUUUGAAAAACAUGGCUGAAAUCAAAACCAUAUGACACCAACUCAAGCUGUAUAUUUCAUGCAUGGCCUCAAUCAGUCCUUGAGCCAAAGUAAUAGUUUUUUCAACUCUCAAAAUAGAGGUUCUUUAAAAUUUUGUUUUGGUUAACAUCCUGUAUUCUCUACAUUUGAUUUCUGCUGAAAACUAUUACAACUUGUAAAUGUUAUCUUCAGGCUAUCCAAAAAGGGAAUAUAGAGGGAGCAAAAAUACAUGCAGAAAAUGCCAUAAGACAAAAGAAUCAGGUAAUCAAACCAUUUAUCAAAUUCUGACUAUAUAUCAAAUAAUCAGUAGUGGUAGUGUUAGAGAUAAAAACUUUCUAUGAGACACUAUGUAAGAUGUAUUUGAAGAUAACCUCUGGACCAUACUUUCUAGUAAUUUUCACCCAUGUUUUUGUAUUUCAGUACUAAUAAAUUGAUUAGAAUGAGAGAGACAGGACAAGUCAAUGUUUAUAUUGUUUCAAAAUAGUACAAAAUUGAAUAUACACUUAAGAAAUGUUUAAUGUAUAAUGACCAGUCAUGGAAAUUAACUUAAAAGUUAUGAAGACCUUGGGUCAAUUAAAGCUCGUUAAAAGUUUCAUUGAAGAAGGUAUGCUAUCCUUUAAUAGCAAUGUAAUGAGAUUUCAAUAAUCAUUUUCAUUGCAGGCUCUGAAUUUUAUGCGAAUGAGUUCAAGAAUUGAUGCUACUGCGUCACGAGUGCAGAGUGCUGUUACUAUGAAACAGGUAUAAUUGUUAGUUAAUAUAAGUUGAGUUAUAACAUGCAAAGCAUGAUAAUCCAAUAUCACUUUAAUUACUGGUUGUAAUAUAAAGUUGAAGUAUGAAGUAAAUUUUAAUGGAUGUCUUUAAAUCUAUUUAGUUCAAUCUCUUAGACUGUGAUUGAUACUGACUGUGUUAUUGUUACUUUUGUAAUUUCCAGGUGACAGGCUCAAUGGCAGGUGUAGUGAAGUCAAUGGAUUCAGCAAUGAAAUCCAUGAAUUUAGAAAAGGUGUGUCUCUAUUACAAAAAAUCUAAAGCUGUAUGGAAGCUCUGGUCCUUCAUUUGCUUAUUGAUAAUCUGUUUUUGGUUUUCAAAGUAUGAUUUAAGUAUCCAACAUUAGUCCUGCAAACCCCAGCAUAAUAGUCAGAAUAAAUCUAAUGCAGGUUCCCUCAAGGAUUUAGGAUAAGUUUCUCUUCAAUUUACCAGAACUCAUUCAUGAUUCUUGAAUAGUUAAUAACUCCCCUUCAUUUGAUUGUUGAAUAUUUAACAACAGGUGUCUGCUCUGAUGGACAAGUUUGAACAACAGUUUGAACAUCUGGAUGUUCAGUCAAGUUAUAUGGAGAAUGCAAUGAGUGACACUACAACACUGACAGUGCCACAGGUGAAGCUAUGUUCUAUCAUGCAUUGAAUUUAUUAUCUGUACUGUUACACUGCAAGUACACUUAGAUCCUUUAAAGAAAACAGCCCUUAGAGGUGUGAAGAAUUUGCUAUCAUGUCUUAUGUCUUAUGUGGUGUCAUGUCUUAGUUCAGAGCACCUUACUUUUUUGCAAAUUUGAGGUGGUUCCAACACCUGUUCUUAGCAUUUAAAAUUUACGAUGAUAACAUUCUGAGUGUCAUGAGGCCAAUUGUUAAGGUGUCUGUGGCUAAAUGAUUUCAGUAGAGAACGUCUUUGAUAUGUUAACACAUGAAUAUCAUGCUAUGGUGUUAGUCCUUGGUAUGGGUCCCAGCCAUCACUGGCUUACAAUGCUGAUUCAAGUACAUUCAUUGAUAAAAAUUUCAUAAAAACAACAUGUCUUGUAGACUCCAAUCAGUCCAAAGCUAUGCGCUGUGCAAGACUUAUUUUUAGUUGUUGAUACACUCUCAUGUUCUGAAAAGGGAAAACCACAAAUAUGUCCAUCACAAUAGGACUGCCUAAACUUGGACGAAGACAAAUGCUCUUACCCACUGAAGAUACCAAUAAUAUCACGAUUCUCGUUUUUGUGCUGUUCUUUAUAAUUUGUAGGGACAAGUUGAUAGUCUUAUGCAGCAGGUUGCUGAUGAAGCUGGGUAAGUAAAAUGAAUUGGUGUAAUAAUUAAAUUGCUUUUCCCUUCUCUGGCAAAGUGAAAUUAUUCCUUUACCAUACUGGUUCUUAUGACUACAAUCAAACUUACAACAGUGGAAGAAAACUCAGGGUUAAUUUUUACUUAAUGACUAUUUUAUAGUUAUGUAAAUUUGUAUAACAUGAAAAUUUAUGCUAUCUAGGUGGUAUAAUUUUUCUUGCAUAUACACUAUUCCAGUUUUCAUGAAUGUGUAUGUUUCAAAAUCCUAUCUUCUCCAAAUAGCUUGGAACUCAACAUGGAACUACCAGCUGGACAACAAAGUCAGCCAAUUGGUACAGCUUCAUCUGCUUCUGCAGAGCAGGUAAACUACUGUACAUGUUACACUAGCAUGAAGUUUAGGUUCUGUAGUUAAAGUCUUUAGCUGUAAUGCUCAUAGUUAUAUUUCAGUUCCUGAGUUCUCAAUAAAGAGAUGCACUCUCAAUCUGAUUUAUAACAAUUACCAGCAUUAGAUUAACUCUGUGAUAUCAGUAAUCAUGAGUGAUGUUGAGAUCACAGAAAUGUUGUGUUUAGGUGUCAUAUAAUGGUUACUGGUAUUAUUUACAAUAAUUUAUAAUUAUGUACCAGUAAUUUAACUUGCUUUUCAGUUACAGGCAUGAUUCACCCUUGUUAAUUUAAAUUAAGUUAAUUAAUAGUAAAAUAAUUAAACAUUGUUAUAACAUACUUCAUUCAAUCUUUGCAGGAUGAGUUGUCACAGAGGCUGGCUAAACUACGACAAUCUUAGGACAGACAUGUAUGAACAAGUCAUUGAAAAUAAUCAAUGUCUGGUAGUAAAUAAGAGAUUUGUUUUUGCAAUUCUUGAUCAGUGAAAAACACAGCUCUGUACCAUUUUACGCACUUGAGCUUAACAUUUGGUCUCUAACCUAAGUUGCAUUAUUUGCCUUUUGUUGUGAACAAAAGUACCAGCAAGCCCACUUGUAUUCCACCGACAAAUUUGCAGAUCUUUUAAAAGUGCUUUUGAAAUUUGCUUUUGCUUUCUUAACAGUUUUAUAAUUUAAACCUGAUUCCAGAUUUUAUACAUCAAUGAAAGGUUGUCCAAGUUUCUUUCAAAAACAGUAUUUGAUCGACAGGCAUCUACACAGUUGAUGUGAACCGAACUGUGUUAUGUACUUUGGAAAAUUCUUUAGACCAUUUCUUAUCAAAAUUUGUGAAGUUUUAGGCAUCAAAUUAAUGAUUAAUCUCUUUUCUAGAAAGCUUAAAGGUUUUCCAACUUCACUUGACUAAUAUGUUUUUUUUUUUUGUGGAGAGGGGAAUUAUUAAAUAAAUAAAACUUGUAGAGAGCUGCUUGGUAUGCACUUUUUCAAGAGAAAAUAGCUGUUCUUCUCUCUUAUGUAUUCACUGUUAUUCAUUUCCUGGCUAAGCAGUGAAAAUAAUUACACCUUAGUGUAGAACAAAAAAAAGAAAAAAAAAACACACACACACACAGGCAAGUAGAUUAGUACAUAGAACACAUAGAGGAAAGAAUCUAAUUAAUGAAAAGAUUCAAAACACAUACAUGGGAAGAUUACUACAGCUUGCACUGAUUUUGUGUAAGAUGAUUAAUCUUAUACUUUAGCUGUGGUUGCUUUUAGGAUCAAGCAGUUUGGAUAUGGAUGGCUGUUACCAUGAUUGUUGUAUAGCCAUUCUGAUGGGAAUUUUGUUUUAACUGAACUUUGUUCAUUCUUGAUAACUUCUGGUUGGACAAUGUUCAUUUUAGGUAAUAAAUGAUCUAAAGCUAUUUCCCUUUUAUAUAAUAUCUGUUCAAGCUCAAGAAAACAAACAUGUUACAACUUAGCCAAUGAUGUGUUGUAUGUCCAAUAUCUUACAUGAUUGGUUACCCCUUCUUAAAGAAAUGAUCUUCCUCUCUUUUUGUUAGCAUUACUGUUAAACAAGCCAAAAAUGAUCUUUGGCAAUCAUUAAAAUGGGCAACAUCUAACCUAAUUAUCAGUGUAACGUGGAUGCUGUAGUCUCCAGUCCCUCCCCAUCAAGUCCAGAUUUCCCAUAACUUCAAAUUUCUAACUUUGUUAUUUUUGUCGAAGGUCAUGGUAAAAUGUUAAUCACACAGGUUGGGAGAGGUCUUAGAUGUUAUAAUGUUUAAUUCCCUUUUCAAAAAUAAGUUCCAGUAAUGCUAGUAGGACAAGCUGAGUCCAAUUCAGUCUGAAAUUGUAUGCGAAAUUUACGAAAUCAGACAAACAUGAAACGACAACAGGUAGUGUAAAGGGUAGUAUGAGGGUAAAGUCAAAACCACCAACAUGGGAAACUUUGAAAGUUUUUGGAUCUUUUAGACCUGUACACUUUACAAAAUAGAACCCUGAGCCCAACUUUCUUGAAAAAUGGAGCAUGACAAGUGUCCACUUUCUCAAACUGUUUCUGUGGAAUUGUUUCUAAUCUCAUUUUGUCCAUGCAAAAAAGCCUCUGCCAGCUGAGUGUUAAUUAACAAAAGAAUACAAUAAUAGUGUACAAUGACAAAAUUUAUUUACAUUAAAUUACAUAACAUGCCUUGAAGUAAUUAAAAGUGACAUGCCCAAAAGACUACAGCUUAACUUUGUUUAAAUAACCAGCCCUAAGUGAUUAGCUUCAUGGUGAUUAAACACUGGGAGCCAAACUGGAG